AAAAGAACCCACGAAGGUUACCCCUCAUUCUGACGAUGCUAUGGCCAUCCCGCUCUUAGUCAUUUGGAGAAAGCGAUUCAUUUAAGUUGAAGUCGAUAUAUUGGGUGUCGCUUAAAGAGGAAUAUUGUUCAGAGGUUCUUUGGUCCUUAAGCUUGAAAUACAGAUAGAUAUAAUGCCAUUUCCUGUACAAUUUAGUCUCUAUAUUGGUUCUCUUCCUUAUUGGUUUCCUGCUGCCCUGCCUGGUCAUCAUAAUCUCCUACUCCUGCAUUUUCAUUACUGUGCUGCACCAAAAGAGGAAAAUCCGGAGCCACGACAACUUUCAGAUUGGCGCCAAAGCGGCGGGCAAGGGGGCGUCUGGGGGCUCGUACGUGACGACAACGUGCACGAGAAAAGUGCGCGAGGACAACCGACUCACUGUAAUGAUGGUGACAAUCUUCCUGUGCUUUCUCAUCUGCUUUCUGCCACUGAUGCUGGCCAAUGUGGUGGACGAUGAGCGGAAAACCUCCUAUCCCUGGCUGCACAUAAUAGCCUCAGUCAUGGCCUGGUCCUCCAGCGUCAUCAAUCCGAUCAUUUACGCGGCUAGCAAUCGCAACUACAGAGUGGCCUACUACAAGAUAUUUGCGCUUCUCAAGUUCUGGGGCGAGCCCCUGUCGCCGAUGCCAAGCAGGAACUAUCACCAAAGCAAAAACUCAAAGGAACUCUCGGGCGUCAUCCGCAGCACUCCGCUCUUUCACGCUGUUCAAAAGAACAGUACUAACCAAAUGUGCCAAACAUAUUCAGUAUGAUUGAGUCGAUGUCGAGCCUUUUCCCUUGCAUUAGAGCUGUUCAUCAUACCAAUUACCUACUAAUUACUUCCUAAUUUAUGUAUGUACAUAUACGUGUAUUAAAACGCGUAUGAAGUCGGAAGCAACCGAAAUAAAUAUAAGAUUUCUUC